GGGGCCAUUUGGGCUUUGGGGGACCCUGGACCAGGCCCUGGCCCAGUAGGAUGCCCCCGUGUCCUCCCCAGCAGAGCAGGAACAGGGUGACACAGUUGCCCACUCCAGAGCUGGGCGAGAUGGAACUGACUUGGCAAGAGAUCAUGUCCAUCACUGAGUUGCAGGGCCUUAAUGCUCCAAGUGAGCCAUCAUUUGAGCCCCCAGCACCAGCCCCAUACCCUGGGCCCCCUCAACCCCCAACUUAUUGUCCCUGCUCAAUCCACCCAGAUGCCAGCUUUCCCCUUCCUCCACCACCUUAUGAGCUCCCAGCACCUUCAUCUCAUGUCCAAGACUCCCCAUAUUCCUAUGGCAACGUGGCCAUACCAGUCUCCAAGCCACUGACCCUCUCGGGUCUGCUCAGUGAGCCCCUUCCAGACCCCUUAGCCCUUCUGGACAUUGGGCUGCCAUCAGGGCCACCCAAGCCCCAAGAAGACCCAGAAUCUGACUCAGGAUUAUCCCUCAACUAUAGUGACGCUGAAUCUCUUGAGUUAGAGGGCACAGAAGCUGGUCGGCGGCGCAAUGAGUAUGUAGAGAUGUACCCGGUGGAGUACCCCUAUUCUCUUAUGCCCAACUCCUUGGCCCACCCCAACUAUGCUUUGCCACCAGCAGAGACCCCUUUAGCCUUAGAGCCCUCCUUGGGUCCUGUGCGGGCCAAGUCCACUGCACGGGGAGAGGCAGGGAGUAGGGACGAGCGUAGGGCCCUAGCCAUGAAGAUCCCGUUCCCUACGGACAAGAUUGUCAACUUGCCGGUAGAUGACUUUAAUGAGCUAUUGGCACGGUAUCCGCUGACGGAGAGCCAGCUGGCACUAGUCCGGGACAUUCGACGGCGGGGCAAGAAUAAGGUGGCUGCUCAGAACUGUCGCAAGAGAAAGCUGGAGACCAUUGUGCAGCUGGAACGGGAAUUGGAGCGACUGGGCAGUGAGCGAGAGCGGCUUCUCCGGGCCCGAGGGGAGGCAGACCGGACCCUGGAGGUCAUGCGCCAACAGCUGACUGAGCUAUACCGUGACAUUUUCCAGCAUCUGCGGGAUGAAGCUGGCAACAACUACUCCCCUGAAGAGUAUGCACUGCAACAGGCUGCUGAUGGAGCCAUCUUCCUGGUGCCCCGGGGGACCAAGGUGGAGGCCACAGACUGAGCUGGUCCAAAGGGGUGGGGCCGGUGAUGGAGAUUUCCUUCAUUCCCUUCUGAUAAAGGUACUUCCCAACCCUGAGGCUCAAAAGGGGACAACAGUGGGAAACCUGGCAUUUGGAAGGUCCAAGCUGUGUUAAGUGAGGCUUGCUUGCCUUGAAGCAAGUAUGUGAAGGGAGGGCUGGAAUCUCCUGUGAUUCAGCUUCCCAGGUCUCCAACCUCUACUUCUUGUUUGAGCUUUGGUUUAUAAAGCAUUCUACAGAAAUAGCCUUCCAUUGUGUCUUCCUUCUCCAGGGACGGUGAUGUGGCUGUGCUCUCCCCAGAGUUCAUUGCUUGGUGGGGAGGGAAUCCUGCCAAGCUCAUUUCUCCUACAGCUCUGUGUAACAGUGGUACACACGAAAUUCGGGCUCCGGCAGUGUGGAAAUCUAACAUUUUCAUCUUCCUUUUCAGAGCCAGGGGCCAUGAAUGAUCUGGGGAACCUCACUCUCUCUGGUGGGCUCCUAUUUAUAGAGUUGGGGUUGCUGCCAAAGCUGGCUAGAUCCUCUGGUGCAAGGUCCCUGAAGUUUAAGGUUCUCAAUCUUUGGAACACGGAAAAGCCUAGAAUGCUCAUGGGCUUUUUCUAUUCCCCCCUAUGCCCACUUCUAUUGGACUCCCUUGGCCUGGGGCCUGAUGUGCCAGAGCUCUCAGAAGAACCAUUGAGCAGCUCUUGAUUAGAAUGAAUUUGAUUGGACGCCAAAGUUUCAGGGGAUUUCAUACCCAGGUCUGGGUAAAUCCUGCUCCACAGUGGAGUACAAUAUGCAUUUCCGUUAAAUUUUCUAUACAAUAUGCAUUUCCGUUAAAUUUUCUAACUCCCUGUCUGUUAGACACUAUGCAAUUCUUGCUUUGGGCCUUCCCGUGCUCUUAGAUCCUUGAAGAUCUAGGGCAUUUAAAAGUUGUAGUUCUUAAGUCUUUUAUUAGGUUCACUCCCUUUAAGCAACUUUCUCCCCACUUCCAUAUAUAAUUCUUACCCCUGUAGCUCCGUUUUUUGAAGCUUCAGAUAGCUGGCCAAUACAUACUUGUUCACCAAAGAUGAGAUCCACUAUGCCCCUCUAGAAUUUCACAAGAGAUAUAAACCUAGAUCCACUUGGAAAGUCAGCUCAGUGGUGGCUCUAGCUUUUCUAAUUUUUCUUUCACUAGGAGUGCUAGAAAAAGGUUAUGACCAAGUUAACUAGGUCAAGGUUUGUUCCUGCAGAGCCAGUUUCUCUUGGAUUUCAGUAAAUGAUGGUGCCCAUGGAAUAAACUUAAAACAUACCAAUACAUCGUAUUAGAAUCAGUUCCAACAAUCCACCCUGAGUGCCAACCUGUGGUUAAAGCAUUUAUAUAAACUGCUAGCUUCAAAUUGCAGUACUACCUAAUCCUAAGACUUUGUCCCUUUAGAUUGAUUCCACUAGUCUCUUGGUUUACCAGACACCUGGCAUGUAAUUAUCUAUAUUACCUAAUAAUAUCUAUUAUUCUCAAAACUUGAAAUGGUAAAGAAUGUACAGAAUGAAGUUAUUUACUAUAAAUAUCACAAAGGAAGAAAAAUAAAUAGAAUCAAGUUAAAAACAUUUUAUUUAAAAUGUUCAUUCAGAAAAUUGAAUGAUUAAUUCAAGCCGCAAAAUGGCUAAAUAAAAACUGCAUGGCAGUGAAAAUGAAGUACACAGUGGCUCAGAUAAAGGUUGUCCUCAUAAGGAUGU